AUGGAUGAGUCUGUUGUUCCCCGGAAACGCCGAAGGCUCUUUUUUGAGUCUUAUUCGGGGCCGGAAUCAACAAAUGUCGACGGGAAUACUAUUACAUGUGCCUCUAUGAAAGAGCAGCAGCAGCAGCAGCAGAAGCUCCCACAGACGAGCAGCACGGAUGAAAAUAGAUCUGUUGUAUCCUGUGAGGAGGAGAAUGGGAGACCAGAGGAAAACAAAUUUGAAGAAGAAGAAGAUGAUGAUACAGACGUGAAACUUGCCCGACUGCUGUCGCUAUUCCCGGACAUGAACGAAGCAGACCUGUUGGAUGUUUUGGUCGCGUAUGAUGGGUGCGUGACAGCGGCGUCUGCUGCGUUGGAAGCAGCGUCGUCACCACGGAAGGAAAAGAAACCAUUGGCCAAGACUAAUUCAACUGCUGCAACGCCUGGCAUUCAGACAUCAUUAUUGUCGUCUUUUCCGAUGUCAUCGUCCAAGAGCAUCACGAGCGCUGAGACGUCAAAAUCGCUGACGAAGAAGGGCAAGACGCUGUAUCUCUACGCCCCGGAGGAUAUUGCCCGACACACGCCCUGCACCAUCAUCCACAAUUUCCUCCCUCCCGAAGAGGCCGACGCGCUCCUGGUCGAGCUGCUCGAGGAGUCCAAGACCUUUCAGCGGCCCACCUUUCAGCUCUUCGAGAACACGGUCCAGAGCCCGCACACGGCCAGCCUCUACGUGUCCAGCACCGAAGACCUGGUGCAGCAGACCUCGCAGUACGCCUACAACGGGUCGUACCGGAAGGACGUCCGCCAGCUCACGCCGCGGAUGCGCGCCGUCUCGGAGAAGGUGCAGCGCGCCGUCAACGAGGAGAUCCGGAAACGCAUCCAGACGCAUUACCCCGGAGGCAAGAAGCUGCGGUACCAAUCCCCGAAGGAGUGGGUGCCCAAUGCCGCGUUUGUCAACUGCUACACGGGGCCAAGCGAGAGCGUGGGCUACCAUUCUGACCAGCUCACCUAUCUCGGGCCCCGGGCGGUCAUUGGCAGUUUGAGUCUGGGCGUGGCGCGCGAGUUUCGAGUGCGGAGAGUGGUUGCUAGAGAUGGUGAUAGUGACGAUAAUGAUGCUGAUGAUGAUGACGACGACGAUGAUGACGAGAAUGAUUAUGAUAGCAAUAACGAUGAGAAACGAGCAGACUCCCAUUCGACGAAUCCAGCUUCCUCCGUAAAGAAGAAGAAGAGGAAACCCACCACCAAGACGAAAGAUUCGAUAGCCGACGCCCAGGGCCAAAUCUCCAUCCACCUCCCGCACAACUCCCUCCUGGUGAUGCACGCCGAGAUGCAGGAGGAAUGGAAGCACUCGAUUCCGCCGGUGCAGACCAUCUCGCCGCACCCGAUCUCGGGCAACCGUCGCAUUAACAUCACCUACCGGUGGUACCGCGAGUCGCUGCAUCCGCGGUACACGCCGCGCUGUCGGUGCGGGAUGCCGACGGUGCUGCGGUGCGUGCAGCGCAAGAAGGAGACCCGCGGGAGAUACAUGUGGAUGUGUCAUGCGGGAUAUGCGCCGGGGAAGAAGGGGUGUUCGUUCUUUCAGUGGGCGGAGUUUGAUGAUGAUGGUGAGCCGAUAUGGAAUAAUAAACAAAAAUCGUGA